GGGGCGCGGCGCGCGGGGAGGGGCCGCGAGGCGUCGUUUUGUAGAGGCGCGCGCCCGUCCGGCCCCGCGGCGGCUGCGGCGUGUCACACUCUGUCCGGCCUGGAGCCCACAAGUCGGGAGGUGGCGUCCGCGGCUGGCGCUCCUACUGUGCCGUGGGGCAGGUGGAGACGACCCGUGGUGUCUGAGAUUUAAUCCAGAGCCUGACUUCACUAUAGAAACACAGUUGUAUCGAUGGUUGGGGAAAGAUAGUGGUGACAGGCACGGGAGAAACAGCUCUGAAAUACCAAAACAAUGAGCAUGCUAAAACCAAGUGGGCUAAAGGCCCCCACCAAGAUCCUUAAGCCUGGAAGCACAGCCUUGAAGACACCUGCUACUGUGGUAUCUUCAGUAGAAAAAACAACAUCCAGUGAAAAAGUCUCAAGCACUCCAUCCUCUGAGACUCAAGAGGAAUUUGUUGAUGAUUUUCGAGUUGGGGAACGUGUGUGGGUGAAUGGAAAUAAGCCUGGAUAUAUCCAGUUCCUUGGAGAGACCCAGUUUGCACCAGGCCAGUGGGCUGGGAUUGUUUUAGAUGAACCCAUAGGAAAGAAUGACGGCUCAGUGGCAGGAGUUCGCUAUUUCCAGUGUGAACCUCUGAGGGGUAUAUUUACCCGCCCUUCAAAGUUAACACGGAAGGUACAAGUGGAAGAUGAAGCCAAUGGCCUACAGAUGGCUCAUGUAUCCAGAGCGGCUUCGCCUCUGUCCACUUCUGCAGCCAGCACGGCGGGCUCCUGUCUCGCUAUGGCUUCACAUGUUCCCCAUAAGUCUUCCCAGCCAACAGCCAAGGAGCCUGCAGCCACGCCUCAGGUCAGCAACCUUACGAAAACCACCAGUGAGUCAAUCUCCAACCUGUCAGAGGCUGGCUCCAUUAAGAAAGGAGAACGCGAGCUCAAAAUCGGAGACAGAGUGUUGGUUGGUGGCACCAAGGCUGGCGUAGUCCGGUUUCUUGGGGAGACCGACUUUGCCAAGGGGGAGUGGUGUGGUGUGGAGUUAGACGAACCUCUUGGGAAGAACGAUGGUGCUGUUGCUGGAACAAGGUAUUUCCAGUGUCAACCCAAGUAUGGCUUGUUUGCUCCUGUCCACAAAGUGACCAAGAUUGGCUUCCCUUCAACCACACCAGCCAAAGCCAAGGCAGCCGCCGUGCGACGAGUGAUGGCCACCACACCUGCCAGUCUGAAGCGCAGCCCGUCUGCCUCCUCCCUCAGCUCCAUGAGCUCUGUGGCCUCCUCUGUGAGCAGCAAGCCCAGCCGGACGGGACUGUUGACUGAGACCUCCUCCCGCUACGCCCGCAAGAUCUCGGGCACCACUGCCCUCCAGGAGGCGCUGAAGGAGAAGCAGCAGCACAUUGAACAGCUGCUGGCUGAGCGGGACCUGGAGCGGGCCGAGGUGGCCAAGGCCACCAGCCACGUGGGGGAGAUAGAGCAGGAACUAGCCCUGGCUCGGGACGGGCAUGACCAGCAUGUCCUGGAAUUGGAGGCCAAGAUGGAUCAGCUACGAACAAUGGUGGAAGCAGCUGACAGAGAGAAAGUGGAGCUUCUCAAUCAACUAGAAGAAGAAAAAAGGAAGGUUGAGGACCUUCAGUUCCGGGUUGAAGAAGAAUCAAUUACCAAAGGCGAUCUUGAGGUGGCUACAGUGUCAGAAAAGUCACGUAUAAUGGAACUAGAAAAAGACCUAGCAUUGAGAGUGCAGGAAGUAACUGAGCUCCGAAGAAGGCUGGAGUCCAAUAAGCCUGCUGGAGAUGUGGAUAUGUCACUUUCCCUUUUGCAAGAAAUAAGCUCUUUGCAAGAAAAGUUAGAAGUCACCCAUACAGACCAUCAGAGAGAAAUAACUUCUCUGAAGGAGCAAUUUGGAGCCCGUGAAGAGACGCAUCAGAAGGAGAUAAAGGCUCUGCACUCAGCCAUGGAGAAGCUUUCUAAAGAAAAUGAGUCCUUGAGAAGCAAGCUGGACCAUGCCAAUAAGGAGAAUUCAGAUGUGAUAGCCCUGUGGAAGUCCAAGCUCCAGACUGCUAUUGCGUCUCACCAGCAGGCUAUGGAGGAGCUGAAGGUGUCCUUCAAAGGGCUUGAGAUGGAGACAGCAGAACAGGCCAAGUUAAAGAUGCAAAUAGACAAACUGAAAGUAGAUUACCAGCAAGAAAUAGAAAAUUUGCAGAAUAAACAAGACUUUGAACGGUCUGCUCAUGCUAAAGAGAUGGAAGCCUUGAGGGCUAACCUGAUGAAUGUCAUUAAAGAGAAGGAGAACAGCCUGGAAGCCAUCAAAUCCAAACUGGACAAGGCGGAAGACCAGCACCUGGUAGAAAUGGAGGACACCUUAAACAAAUUGCAGGAAGCUGAAAUAAAGGUAAAGGAGCUAGAGGUACUGCAGGCCAAAUGCAAUGAACAAACCAAGGUUAUUGAUAAUUUUACAUCACAGCUCAAGGCUACUGAAGAAAAGCUUUUGGAUCUUGAUGUGCUUCGGAAAACCAGUUCCGAAGGUAAAUUGGAAAUCGAGAAACUUAGACAGCAGCUAGAGGCAGCUGAGAAACAGAUUAAAAAUUUAGAGAUUGAAAAGAAUGCUGAAAGUGGCAAGGCUAGUAGCAUUACCAAAGAGCUCCAGGGGAAAGAGCUAAAGCUUACUAGCCUGCAGGACAAUCUGAGUGAAGUCAGUCAAGUAAAAGAGGCUUUGGAAAAAGAACUUCAGAUGUUGAAAGAAAACUUUGCUGUUGUUUCAGAGGAGGCUGUCUCUGUUCAGAGAAGUAUGCAAGAAACUGUGAAUAAGUUACACGAGAAAGAAAAAGAGUUUGAUCAACUGUCUUCUGAGUUGGAGAAGUUGAGAGAAAAUUUAGCAGAUAUGGAGGUAAAAUUUAGAGAGAGAGAUGAAAGAGAAGAGUACUUGCUAAAGGCAAAGGAAAAAUUGGAAAAUGACAUUGCCGACAUAAUGAAGAUGUCAGGAGAUAAUUCUUCUCAGCUAACAAAAAUGAACGAUGAAUUACGUCUGAAAGAAAGAUGUGUAGAAGAAUUACAGUUACAGCUUACAAAGGCUAAUGAAAAUGCAAAUACUCUACAGAAAAGCAUUGGAGAGAUAACUCUUAAAGCUGAGCAGAGCCAGCAGGAAAUAGCCAGAAAGCACGAGGAAGAAAAGAAAGCACUGGAGGAAAAAUUAUUGGACCUGGAAAAGGAGAUGGAAACGAGCCACAACCAGUAUGAGGAUCUGAAAGCCAGAUAUGAAAAAGCCAGUUCUGAGACAAAAACAAAGCAUGAAGAAAUCUUGCAGAACCUGCGCAAGAUGCUGUUGGACACAGGGGAGAGGCUGAAAGCUGUCCAAGAGGAGAACAGAGGCUUGACGCAGGAGGUGGAGGAACUGCGGAUACAGGCUGACAAAGCCAAAUCGCUAACUUAUUUGUUAACAUCAGCCAAAAAAGAAAUUGAACUAAUUUCAGAAGAGCUGAGGGGUCUGAAAUCAGAGAAGCAGCUUCUCGCACAGGAGGGAAAUACUUUAAAGGUAGAAAAAGGUUCGCUUUUAACAAAGCUUGUAGAAGUGGAGGCCAAAGUAACUUUACUUCAGCAAGACCAGCAGAAACUACGGUCAGUAAACAAAACUCUUAAUUUAGAGAAGGAGAAAGUCUUAGAAGAGAAGGAAGCUGCUGAAAAGCUUUGCCGGCAGGAACAGCUUGAUAAAGAAGCUUUGGCUGCAGAGAAAGCAAAAUUGCUUAAAGAAAUCCACAUUGCCCAGGAAGAGCUCUUAAAGAUACAUAUGGGUAACAGUUCUUUGCAAGCUUCCACGGCAAGCAUGCAGGUACUCAUGGAUGAGCUCCGGCUCUGCAGAGAUACCCUGGCAGCCGAAGCUGAGAAGACUCGGGCAGAAAAAGGCCACCUAGAGGAUCAGGUUAAGAAGCUUGCUGCUGAAAACCUCAUCCUGGUGAAAGACAAGGAUGAUGUCAUUCAGAAGCUUCAGAGUGCUUAUGAAGAACUUGCCAAGGAUCAGAGGGCCUUGGUUCAGGAGCUUGAGGCACUCACAGCUGAAAAGGAGGCAGCGGCCGAGAAGCAAUCAGGCCUCGAUAGCGCAUGCCGGGCCCUAACAGCAGAACGAGAAAGCCUUCUCCAGAGCAACAGAGACUUGCAAUUUGAGAAGGACUCGCUGCAUCAGGGUCAGGAAAAACUGAGUGCCAGUCUGGAGGCUACCCUGCAGGUGAAGCAGCUGCUCAGCACAGAAGCCGGGGUGCUGCGCACACAGCUAGACUGUGCCAGCAAAGCACUGAGGAAAGCCGAGCUGGAGACCAGACAGCUGCAGACUGCCAACACGAGCCUCACACAGCUCCUGGAAGAGAUCAAGGCCAGCCAGGCCAUCACAGACUCAGAGUGCGUUCAGCUCCUCCAUGAGAAGGAGACCUGGGCUGCCUCUGAGAGGAGGCUCCUGGCUGAGAAAGAGGAACUUGUGAGUGAAAAUAGGAUCAUUACAGAAAAACUUAAUAAGCAAUCACAAGAGGCCACCCAUCGUGAAAUAAGCCUGAAUGACAAGAUCACACAACUAACUUCUGAGAAGGAGGCAGCUUCUCAGAAAAUUACUCAGCUUAAAAAACAGCAAGAGACUCUCUUCAAUGAAAAGUCAGUACUGGAAAUACAAAAUGGAGAUUUACUUUCAGAGAGAGAAAAUUCCAUCAAAGCCAUAGGAGAACUUAAGAGAAAAUAUGACCAAGAGGCUGCAAACAGAAGAAUAAUUGUGCAUGAGAAGAUGAAACUACUUGGUGAUGUUGAUGCUCUUAAGAAGGAGAUUCAGGAGAAGGAAAAGGAAAACCAAGAGCUAAUAGCCAGCAAGUAUGACCUUUCUUUGAUGCUGAAAGAGGCACAAGAUGCCAAAAGGAAUCUUGAAAAAGAACACACCACUGUGAUGCAAGUGAAGGAAAACUUGAAUGCUGAGCUAAAGACUUGUUGCUGUGAAAAGAGCAUUUUGCUGAGGGAUGGCUUGAAUCUGAAAGAAGAGUGUCAGAAAUUAACUGAGGAGCUCCAUGAAAUGCAGCAGUCCUUAGUCCUAGAAAAAGAAGCCAGGGCAAAGGAAAAAGAGUCAUCCUUGUAUGAAAACAAUAAACUCCAUGGGAGAUUGGUGCUCCUAGAGCAGGAGGUAGAGGGGUUAAGAGUAUGUACCGAGCAGCUCCAGUCUGAGAAGUUUGUACUAAUCCAAGAAAAGACCAAGUCUGAGCAAAAGGUGGUGGAGAUUAUUAAGGAAAAGGAACUCUUGAGUGCAGAAACGGCUCAACUUGCCGCCAAGAUAGAGACCAUGAAAAGUGAUUUUGCUGCCAUGUCCAAGUCCAAGUUGGAACUGCAGGAACUGCACACUUACCUCAGCAAGAUCCUAGAUGAUCUCCAGCUGAAGCAUGAGGUGACUGUGGCUGAGAGAGCCGAGCUCAUGCAAGAAAACAAGAACCUCCUGGCUGAGAAGAGAGAAAUGAUGCUGAGAAGGGAUGAGCUCUUGAAGGAGAAAGAAAAGCUGGAAGAAAGUUAUUUCAUCCUCCAGAAAGAGAUUAGCCAGCUGGCCAAAACCAACAGCCACAUUUCAGCCAACCUUCUAGAAUCUCAAAGUGAAAACCGUACUUUGAGGAAAGACAAGAGCAAACUUACCCAUAAAAUUAGAGAGCUUGAGACUCUUCAUUCAUUCACGGCGUCUCAGACUGCAGAAGAUGCCAUGCAGAUAGUGGAACAGAUGACCAAAGAGAAGACCGAAACUCUCGCCUCCUUGGAGGACACGAAGCAAACAAACGCAAAACUGCAAAAUGAAUUGGACACACUCAAAGAGAACAACUUGAAAAAUAUGGAAGAGCUGAACAAAUCCAAAGAACUUCUGACCGUAGAGAAUCAAAAAAUGGAAGAAUUCAGGAAAGAAAUAGAAACCCUAAAGCAGGCGGCAGCUCAGAAGUCGCAGCAGCUUUCAGCAUUGCAGGAAGAGAACGUCAAACUUGCCAAGGAGCUGGGAAGAAGCAGGGACGAAGUCACAAGUCAUCAAAAGCUGGAAGAAGAAAGAUCUGUACUCAAUAAUCAGUUGUUAGAAAUGAAAAAGAGAGAAUCCGAGUACAUAAAAGAGGCUGAUGAAGAGAAAGCUUCCUUGCAGAAAUCCAUCAGUGUCACUAGCGCCUUGCUCACGGAGAAGGAUGCAGAGCUGGAGAAGCUGAGAAAUGAGGUCACAGUGCUCAGGGGAGAAAACGCCUCUGCCAAGUCCUUGCAUUCAGUUGUUCAGACUCUUGAGUCUGAUAAGGUGAAGCUUGAGCUCAAGGUAAAGAACUUGGAGCUUCAACUCAAGGAAAACAGGAGGCAGCUCAGCAGCUCCUCAGGUAACACGGAUACUCAAGCAGAAGAGGAUGAGCGAGCCCAGGAGAGUCAGAUUGAUUUCCUAAAUUCAGUAAUAGUGGACCUUCAGAGAAAGAAUCAGGACCUCAAGAUGAAGGUGGAGAUGAUGUCAGAAGCAGCCCUCAACGGCAACGGGGAUGACCUAAACAGUUACGACAGUGAUGACCAGGAGAAGAAGUCCAAGAAGAAACCUCGACUCUUCUGUGACAUCUGUGACUGCUUUGACCUCCACGACACAGAGGACUGUCCCACGCAGACACAGAUCUCUGAGGACCCGCCCCAUUCCACACACCACGGCAGCCGCAGCGAGGAGCGGCCUUACUGUGAAAUCUGUGAGAUGUUUGGGCACUGGGCCACCAACUGCAAUGACGACGAGACCUUCUGACGCAGCCUAGGGGCGGGCCUAUGGGGGCACCUGCACUUAGCAGUCUUGACACCAGCAUCACGAGUGGCUUCAGGAGAACUCAUGUUAUUUUUUACUCCAUCAGCAAAUCUAAGAAAAUAUUUUGGUUUUCAACAAAUUGCCCUUUAGUCUCCCCUUCUAAGUUAGAAUAAAUAAAUAUUUAGUAGGUGAGCUUUUACCUCUAAUUAUGUUUUAAUUGAUUUUUAAGUUUAAGACAUUGUACCAGAUGUCAGUACAUUUAUUGUCCUUAGGGAAACUUCAUAGUACAAGCCCUAUCCUGUGAUACCUUAUUUAAGAAAUUUUAAAUUAUGCUGUUACUUUUCAUAUUUGCACUAAAAUGUUUCCAGGCUGAAUUUGAAUAUUUAGAUUUUUUCUGGUUAAGCUUUGACACUGGAAUGAGUUGCAAAAAAGUACCAUUUUGCAUUUUCAUUUACUAAGAGUAUUUUAUUCUUAAAGGAGUGUUGAGCUCUUUGCACUACGAGUUACAGUAGUGCCUUUUUUCAGGCUUGACAGUACUCCAGUGUGAUUAUGAAUCGUGAACCAGGCAUAGGGAGGAGAAGCCCCCACAUCACUUUGGGGACAUUUUACAGACUAUAUGCUAUGCCCACCUACUCGACUGUGGUGUUUUCUUUAUUGGUUUUACAUAAUUUCAACUUCUAUAUUUAUAUGUAUAUAUAUUUUAAAAAAUCUCUAUUUUGGGGAAAAAACACAAUUUGUUUUUCUUUUCAGAUUUUUAUAUGAAAAAGAAAACACUCACAGUGAUGGCCAGGGCAGAGUAGACCAGGCCAGGAACAACAUCAUGUGGCUUUGCAACUUCAGGAUUUUUCAUUUCCAUUUAGCCUUUUUUUUUUUUUUUUUUUUAAGCAGAUCUAAAUAACUGGAAAGAUUUUUUUCCCAUUUUUUUUUCAUUCUGUAGCAGAUACCCCCAGCAAUGAAUUAAGCCCCUAUAAGACGCCUAAAUUAACCAACCUACAAUCUUCCUUUACAGUUUGUUUUUACUGGGGCUGGGGAUUUAGCUCAGCGGCAUAAGCACCUGCCUUGCAAGAGCGUUGUCGUGAGUUUGAUCCCUGGUACUGGUAAAAAAAAAACAAUUUGUUUUUACCGUUUUUAGAUGAAUGUAUGAUGAGAAAAUCAGUAUUAAUAAUUAUAGAUUUUCUUAUCACAAAAAAAUGAAAUGAAGAACCUCAAGCAUCAGAACAGUUUUAUCAACAGAAUAUAUUUAUCUUCAUUUGAAUGUCUUCUAGAAUAUGUAAAAAGUAAUAAAAUAUUAUCUUCCAUCCACAUGUAUAAUAAGAAUUUCUAUAAUUGUAUAUAUGCCUCUGUGUAUUCCCCCCAAGAUUUUCAGCUGUGUGUUUGACAAGUGAAUAAAUAAAUCUGUUAUCAACUGAAAUUUUUGGUUGAUAAAGUAAGAAUUGUUUCACAGGCAGAAAACCUGUAAAGCAGUAUUAAAAUCUGAGUAAAGUAUUCUGUAUCUACUUUAAUAAAUGGUUACUAUUAUUAUUUUUGCCAA